AUGAUCACCAUGAACCCCCUAGUAACCGCACACGUCCUCCUCCCCCCUACCCACGCCCUCGCCCUCGAAUUCUUCAAAUUCGAGCCCCUAGACCUCCAACCCACCACCACCUCCCCCUGUGAAAUCUGGGAAAUCACCGACGACAUGUCCGCCGGAACCGCAGAAGAUAACGGAGGAGGAUGGCGAGGAGGAUGGGCCAAACGCUUCAUCCCCGAUCAAAUUACUUACACGAGUAGUCUCCAAGAUCGCGACGAUGGGUUAAUGAGUGUGACGCAUGCGCCGAUGGGAGUACAUAGUGUGACGUCGUGGAUUGUGAGGGAGGCGGGACCCGGAGAGAGUUCGUUGACGCUUGGGGAGGGAAGAUUGGUUUUGGAGGAGAAGGGUACGGUAAGGGCGAGUAGGAUGCUCAUGGGGUUUAUCAAGACGACAUUGCAGGAGAGUCAUGAGAAGUUGGUUAGGGAUUUCAUGAGGACUUUGAAGGAGGAUGGGCCGGAUGGAAAAGAGGCAUGCAAUGGGGUGAAGGGGGAAUUGUAG